AUGAGUAGUAUGGGAGGAAAAGGAGGUUUAUUUACUGCUAGUGCUCUUCUGGUAGUACUAGUCUCUUUGAGUUUUCUAUUUGCAGUUGAUGCAUCUGAGGUUCAACCACCAAAGAACAAGCCAAUAUAUAUGCCACCAACACCAACAAAGCAUCCAAUUUAUGUGCCUUCAACACCACCUAAGAAGUCUCUACCAUCAUUACCAAAGAAGCCAAUUCACUAUGUGCAUUCAAGACCACCAAAGAAGCCAGUAAAGCUUGUAAAGCUAAAAUCUCCUCCCACACCGUAUCAGCAAGACCAUCUGCCAUCUACAGUAAUUACAGCUGCCUUAAGACAUAGACAUCGCUUACACUCUCCACCAUCACCAAUAGCUAAUCCUACUCCACAUCCAGCUAAACCACCACCAACAACACCAACACCAAUACCACCAACACCGAAUAAAGGAUCUCCUCCACCACCAACAUCGAGUAAAGGAUCCCCUCCUCCACCGCCAUGCUUACAAGACCAUCAGCCAGACCAUCUGCCAUCUACAGUAAUUAAGCUGCCUUAA